AUGUCUUCUCGCGUUGCCUCCCGUGCCAGCGCGACGCAGGCAAUGGGCGCGCCUCUCGAGCUCCCACCCUACGAGCCCCAGAUAGGACCCCUCCACGAUAAUGCGAAGCGCAAGGUGGAAGCAGUGAUCAACUCCACGCACACGCGUCAUAUAAAGGUUCACCUAAGCCAUGCGGCGGGCGCACUAUCAGAGACAGUGGGAGAAGCCAACGACCGGCUUUCAGAGGCAAAGUCGCGUUUUGAGAAAGUAAAGAGGCGGAGACGCGAGAGGGAGGAGAAACGAUUGAGAGAUGCCGAAGGAGAAGGGAGUGAACAGGAUAAAGAAGAUGGAGAGGAAGGGAACGGCGCUGAAGCUGAGGCGGAGAAGGAUGCAGAACGAGAGGAGAAACUUGCACGGUUCGAGGAGUUGGUCAAGGAGACUACGCGGAAGAUGGAACGGAGUAUGCGGAGCGUUGUCGAUACGGAGGUGCGAGUAGACAAGAUGCAGGAUCUUUUGGCGCAAUUAUUGGAGGAUAAUUCGACGCAGACACAGACGCAGAACCAGCAGAGGGCUCGGCGGUCGAGACGCAAUCAGGAUGAGGAUGGAGAUGCGGAUAUGAAUGACGAUGAGCAGGAGGAAGAAGACGAACUACAAGCGCCGGUAGAAGUUAUACCAGCGUCUCGCGUGUUUGCUGACGGACUGGCUGAGAACAAGAGAGCGUGGGAGGCAUUGUCUCUUGCGGAAAGAUAUGGUUCCAACAAUAGCUACAAGCAGUUCUACCGCGUCAUUCACGAAUCUAAACACUCUGGCACCGACGUUCCCCCGCUGCCUCCUGUGUCUACCUGGUUUCAAACCCUCGACUCUUCACGAGAGCCAGGCAGCCACUCUAGAAAACGCAAGAAGAAACGCACCCGUUCUGCCCUUGGUGCCGAUGGGACUUUCGAAGAGGACGCCAACGAGGACGACCAGGAAGCCUCAUCUCAGGACGAUAACGGAGAUGAGGAAGGGGAUGACGACGAUGAUGAUGAAGGAGACGAAGGAGACGAAGAAGAGGAAGAAGAAGAUGAAGCACCUACCCAAGAAGCCACGCAGGCACCGCCCUCAGACGACGAAAUAGUGGUCAAGUCCGAGAAAUUCUCCCUCACCUGCCCGCUAACUUUGCAAACGUUCGAAGACCCGGCGACCAGCACCAAAUGUCCACACAGCUUCGAACGGUCCGCUAUCGAAAACAUGAUCAGCCGCAGCCGUCAGACCACAUUUGUACCUGGCGCCGGGAGAAAUAUGCGUUGCGUUGAAUGUCCUGUUUGCAGCGUGAUGAUCACAGUCCGAGAUCUAAAGAGUGACCCUGUACUCGUACAAAGAGUGAAGAGGGCUAGACGCAUGGCUGCAUUGGAGGAAGAAGAAGAUGAUGGCGACGAUGGCGAUGGCGAUGAGGACCUGCAAGAACGGGAUGCGAGCGUGUUGAUGAGCAGGAGUAAGACAGCGAGGGGGGAAAGGGUGGUGGUGAAGAGCGAGAGAACGAGAUCACCGUCUCGGAUCCCUGAUACACAGAUGGACGGAUGA